CUCAAGCAAUCACAAACCUUCCUCUCUCAAUUUACAGACUCGUUUGCUUUUGUGGUUAAUUUGUUCCAGCGAUUUAAAGCCGCCAUGAAUUCCCUCUUCAGUUCCUUCGACGUCUUGUUUGCUGAGGUCCUCGGUCAAACGGUGAAGGCCUCCUUCUUCCCUUCUGCCCCCAAGGCCGGCCAGAGUACUGAUUCUACUGCUACUGGCGGCGUCAAGUCGCAGCAUGAUGGGGUUCCCAAGAAAGCUGCAGAGAACGUGAACAAGAAGCAACAGCCGCGGAAGAAGACCCCGCGGUUCGCGCCGGAGUUGGAUGGGCUGAACUGUUUCGAGACCAUCGUCUCUUCUUAUUAAUUAAUUAGCCUUUUUAUUUUAUUUUAUUAAUUGCGCCAUAUGAAUGUGUUGGUAUGGCUGGAUAUAGUGAUAGGAGCAUAUAUACAAAGUUUUGAAAUUUAGCGCUCAUUCUUUGAUGAUCGAUUCAUCUUGAUUCAUUGAUUCUGAUGGGUAUAUGUAAGCACCUGCUUCGAUCUAAUUGAUAUUCUAAUUAAUCUUAAUUAGUUUCUUUA